AUGAGACUCCAUUUAUUGCUUUCUGUUCUCCUUCUCUCUUUGGCUAUAAUACCAAAAGGUAGGACUGGCCUUAUUCCAGGACAGAAACAGUGUAAUCUGCUGAAAGGGGUGUGCAGAGACGGAGGCUGCACCACUAUAGAACAGCCCAUUGGUGUAUGUAAUGAAGACAAAAGAUGUUGUAGAAAGUGGUGGAUAUUUUUUCCCUAUCCAACGCCAGCUCCCAAAUCAAAAUCUCCUUGAUAAGAGCCAACUGUAGGCUCUUCAAACUCUAGAACACAUGCAUGAACUUCAUAGGCUCCAGCUUGGCCCAGAACUCCAGAACUUGAGGAUAAAUUAUA